UUCCUGCUUCAACUGCACAUGGUAUCCAUCCGUCUGUCUGUCUAAUAGUAAUGCAGGGUUUAAAGAUGGCGUCAGCUGUCCCUGUUGUUGCUGUACGAGGUUCCACUGGUAUCAGCGUGAACCAGGGACCUCCAAGCUAUGAACUUAUGUCAGGGUUCAAGCGAGAUGACAGCAAGGUAUGUCGUGCUAUGCUCUUCAGUCCGCAAGGAGAAUAUUUCGCCUGGGCUAAUGGCACUAACAUUAAUGUGGUUUCUACAAAAACUUGGACUGUGCUGACUACCAUUCCCUCACCCAAGACCUACUGCAUACAUUUCUCUCCUAAAGGGACAUACCUUAUGUCGUGGCAGCCGUUUACAGUGUCAAAUGCCAAUCCUAAUGGUGGGCCAAACAUGUUUAUCCACAAGUCUGACAGUGGAGAAUUGAUUGCAUCCUUUAUACAUAAGAAACAAACUGACUGGGAACCACAGUGGAGCUUCGACGAGUCGGUGUGUAUACACAACGUGAACAACGAAGUAGCCUGUUAUGCAGGAGCACAAUUCGAAAAGCCAGCCCACAAGUUACAGGGUCAGAAGGUGGUGAGCGUCAGUCUCUCGCAAGGCAAUGCUCCCUUUCAUUUACUCUGUUAUGUUCCAGGCAAGCCAGGUCAGCCCUCUUUCAUCAAGCUGUUCCAGUACCCUAAGUUUGAUACACCUGUUGCCAGUAAAACAUUUUUUCAGUCUGACAAAGUGGAGAUGUGGUGGAAUCGCAAGGGCACUGGCGCUUUGGUGAUGGCAAGUAUGGAGGUUGACAAAACCGGAUCAUCCUAUUAUGGCAAGCAGUCUCUACUUUUUGUCUCCGUCAAAGGAGACACAGCCAUGGUCGUUCUUGGUAAGGAAGGGCCUAUCUAUGCAGUGUCAUGGAGUCCUCUGGGUACAGAGUUCUGUGUGGUCUAUGGUUUCAUGCCAGCCAAGGCCACUCUGUAUAACCUUAAGUGUGAACCUGUCUUCAAUCUUGGAUCUGGCUCCAGGAACAGCAUCUACUACAAUCCUCAUGGCAACAUUUUGUUGCUGGGAGGUUUUGGCAACCUUAGUGGACAAGUCGAAGUGUGGGAUGUCACUAGUCGGAAACUGAUCAGCAAAUUGGAGUCUCCGGACACAACAUUAUUACACUGGUCACCAGAUGGGGAACACUUCAUGACAGCGACGACUGCACCCAGACUCAGGAUGGGAAAUGGAUUCAAGAUUUGGCACUACACGGGAGCCCUUCUGUAUGAACGCCCUUGGAACAAGCAGGAGGAGCUGUGGGAAGUGUUGUGGCAGAACUUUCCCUCUGGGGUUUUCCGUACGCCUGCCAUCACUACCAAGAGUGUGGAGGGUAUCCAGCCUAGCCAACCUCAAGCCUCAAAACAAGCUUAUAGACCACCCUCUGCAAGAGGCAAAGAGAUCAAUUUCAAAUUGCACGAUGAUGAAGAUGUUCCUUCAUCUGUCAGUGAAACAGCUUCAAAUCCUUCAAAAGCUGCUCUGAAACUGAAAAAGAAGCGAGAAGCUAAGAAGGCUGCCAGACAACAGGCAGUGGAAAAUGGAGAGAUUACAACCAACGGUGUACCAGCACCUUUUAGACCUUCUAUCCUCUCGGAGGAAAUCACUACGGAUGAUCCAGAGAAACUGAAAAAAAUCAAGAAACUAAAAAGUAAAUUGUUGGAGAUAUCAAGACUGAAAGAACAGAAAGCAAAUGGAAAAGUAUUAGAAAUUAACCAAAUUGAGAAGAUGAAAAAGGAAGAUCAGUUGAUAAAGGAGUUGCAGGAACUAAGCUUGUGAUAACACGCCAACAUCCCCUCGUGCGCUUACUGCUUACCCAU